CUUGGUUCCUGCUGUCGGCAGCUGUCUGGGGCAAGGUCUUUAUGCUCCGUGCUCCCCGAGCGGCAGCCAGCCUUCAGCGGGCAGCAGAGCUCAUUAGGAGAGGGCCUCCCCGGACACUUGAUUUUACUGGCGGCAGGAAAGAGUUAAUGCCUACGGCUCCGCUGCCCCCUGCACAGCCUCUGGCGUGGGGACCUCUCCCCGAGAGCGAGCUUGAGCCAAAGAAGCAGGGAAGCAGCUUCGCGGAGCUGAGGAGGAAGAGCUCCUUCAGCCACAGCCUCUCUGAUCAUCCCGUAGGCAGAGACCCGCAGGCCAUGAGGACCGCUCAGAGACAGAACAAAGGGAUGAGGACUCGCCUGGGAUGCCUGUCUCACAAGUCAGACUCGUGUAGCGAUUUCACAGCGAUUCUUCCUGACAAGCCCAACCGUGCUCUGAAGAGACUUUCCACAGAAGAAGCCACCAGGUGGGCCGACUCCUUUGACGUGCUUCUCUCCCAUAAGUAUGGGGUGGCUGCGUUUCUCGCCUUCUUGAAGACGGAGUUCAGCGAGGAGAACCUGGAAUUCUGGUUGGCCUGUGAGGAGUUCAAGAAGACCAGGUCAACUGCAAAACUGGUCUCCAAGGCACAUAGGAUUUUUGAGGAGUUUGUGGAUGUGCAAGCUCCGAGGGAGGUAAACAUAGACUUCCAGACUCGAGAGGCCACAAGGAAGAACAUGCAAGAGCCAUCCCUGACUUGCUUUGACCAAGCCCAGGGAAAAGUACACAGCCUCAUGGAAAAAGACUCUUACCCCAGGUUCCUGAGGUCCAAAAUGUACUUAGAUUUGCUGUCCCAAAGCCAGAGGCGGCUCAGCUAGACCUCAGAUGGGGACUCCUGGAGAUCACCGGCUUUCCCUGCCCCUUGCUGCCAAGACCAUAUUUUAACGUGAAAUGUCAGGGGUGUUCUAGAGCAUUGGUGGUUAGGCUGGGAGGCUGGGGUGAGGAGGGGGUGAAGGGCCAUUCCUAAGUGUCAUUUAGUCACCAGAACUGGGAUUCUAUUUCAUUUACCCAUAUCUGCGUUUUGGUUAGUGGUAGCACCUUGCUGCACUCACCCUUCUCUGGGUCAGCAACUUGCCCUCCAUAAUGCCUUGGGGUCAUCUCCACUGAGAAGGCAGAUUCAUAGGCUGGGCUCAUCUGUAAAUAAUAGAAUGCAGCCUCUGUACCUCCCACCCUCUCCUCAGUUAGGAUUCCUGACACUCUAACUUGUCCUGUACCCCUGCGAGGAAGAGUUAGAAGACUGGCACACUCCUGUGAUUUGCUAUCACAGUGUAACCGCCAGUCCCGGGUGCUGGGACCUCACAGUUUCGGAGAUAAGUCCCUUUGAAAUCCCAGGUUUCUAGAACUAUUGUUGAUAGGCGGCCCCUGGGAGAAGGGGCAAACUCCAUGGAGUUGGCUGUUUCUUCCAUUUCCAUACCACCAGUGUGCUCACUGCCCAUCUUAGUCUAGGAUAUUCACAAGGCUACCCUAUCCUCGUAAGACCCUUUCAGAAAGGGUCUUGGGAGAUGUCCCUCCCCACUUCUGAUAUGGAGCUGCUAUUAAGAAAGAUACAGCUUGCCUAUCUCCGUAACUUCUACCAGGAAGUUUCUCAGAAGUUGAACAGCCAGGAAAUGUAGCACCAGUAGACCUUUCCGCAGUGGGACAGCAUAUAACCUUUCUGCUGCUUAAUGUACUCUCUGCCCUCGCUUCCCUGUGGCAUCACACAUCACCCAUCUCUUAGAAUGACAGACAGCUUGGCAAAGGGAGGCGAAUUCCCAUCGCAUGGACAGCUCUCACGGUGCCUAAUGCUCUCCCUGUCCCUCUUUGUCUCUCCCCCCCCGCACCCCCCCAAUGCAGGUCAUGUAAUCAUGACAGGGAGAAUGGGAACAUAGGCCAUAACUCUUUCCCAGCUUGCUUCCUGGGAGCGUGCUUUUUUAGAAAGGUCCUUCUCAUGAGGGCCACCUUGGCGAUUCAGCAGCUUUUUUGUUUUUGACCUUUUGGGAUUAAACACGAGGCAAAGAAGAUCACUGUGACAUUUGGUUGUGGAGAACCUUCCUAAAAUGCUUUCAUGGUACCCUGGGACUGAUCUUGAAAAUAUGUCAAGAAACUCUUACUUAGAGAAAGAAUGAGACACGUGGAACCUACUCUAGCUGCUCUGGAAAAAGCUGACUUUGGCACAAGACUGCAGUACCAAGGAGAUGAAUCCUCGGCAGAGAGACGAGAAACUGGAAGAGGGCCCUGGAAGAGGCUGGUCUCUGGGUGAACUGAAUCACAGAGAAUGUGGCAAAGGAACUCCUGGGAGUUCAAUUCAAAGUGGAUGGACUGGGAGGCAUGGCAGAUCUCCAAAGCGUUUAGCUUGACUAAAUGGAACAGCAUCUGAUUAGAUGUAAACCCUGGAGCACAGGUGAUUGAGAACUGGGCUGAAGCAGUCUCCUCCUGUGGGGUGAUGGGCCUUUUCAGACAGGCAGGGGUUCCAGUGUUUCCAUUCCUGUCCAGAACUGUGUGAAUCUAUUCCUUCCUUGGCUGCAGCUAGACAAGGUCAGGCAGGCUCUCGAGUCCCACUGGUGUUGGGUACUGCCCUGCCAUUGCACAUAGUAUCCACGAGGAUUGGUGUGUCGGUAUGAACAACCAAGGAGAAAGAGCACUCAUGCCUACAGUUCUCACACCGGAGACACCAGUGGAAUUUCAUGUUCAAGAACUCUGAAGCCUCAAAAGUGGGUGUUCCUAGUUAGAUCAGGAAGUAAGUAUUCCCUUGCCCCCCACUGGUAGAAAAAAACAAAACAACAACCAUCCGUAGCUAACGCUGCCAGGAUUAAUGUAAUGAUCAAAUUCUCAAACAGGGUAUUUUAAACAUUGUUUACAUUCGAAAUGUACAUCUGCUGCCAACUCUACUGUCGAAAAUGAGGUGCGUAGAAAUUGGAACAGCACGGCAUUAUGGAAAUCAGAAACGUUCUAAGAGGGGCCUUUUUACCACUUCCACUAUCCCCCGGAGAAAGAUCUGAACAAGAGUGUUGUGCGGUGGCCUCAUUGGGGCCCUAGAGAUCUUGCCAACCAUUGGUGGAAUGAAGGCUACAGAUGGUGGUGUCAUGGCGCCUGGUGACUUCCUCCCACGACGGGGAGGCAUGAAGGACCAAGCUUGGGUAUCCUGAAUUUUGCUGCUAGUAUGUGGGCAUGUGUGGAGGAACAUGAUCGUUACGCUUAUGGUACUCCCAUGGAGUGUGUGUGUGUGUGAGAGAGAGAGAGUGGGGGAGAGGGGGAAGGGAAGGGAGGAGAGAGAGAACUGUGAGCAUUAGACUAGUAACCACAGAGAUGGUCUUCCCGUGGGGGUGGAGCUGUUUGCACACCUGUUCAUCCUGCUUCUCACAAACGGCACAGAGCUCUCUGCUCUCAUGCCUCCUUUCAGGCACUUUGGUGAUGCCAACCCAGAUUUUGGUCUGAGAUAAAACAAAGAGAAAUGUUUACAAAAUCUAGAGCAAUAUCCAAGCAUACCUCAUCCCCGACCUUCCACCUCCCGGUCCUGCCUGUCCUCUUUCCUCUCCCACAAGCCCUCAUCGCCUCGCCUUCUUAGGUGGGCCCCCCAAAAGGGGCCACUUCUUCCAUUUAAAGUCUUCCUUUUGCUUCUGCAGUAGACUGCCUUUUGGGCUCCAGGCUUGCUCUGUGCCUGGGACCUUUGAAGGUCCAGGGCAAGUCGGGCAGGGAGCUAGGCAAAUGUAUGACUUUCAGGACCAUUCUCCAACUGGAGUGGCCUUUGGGCCCCAUUUGAAUGUCAAGCUGUUUGGGGCUGGUGUGGAAUUUCCUGUUGCCCUGGGCAAACAGACAGAGCCAGUGAUCAGAGUGACAGCCAUUCACAGCCCUGGGGAACCUCCGAGGUGAGGAAGGGCCCUUGGGCAGUAUUUAUUAUUAAACUUGAGCUUCAAGGAAACUGCCCACCCCAGAAAGCCUGUUACAAGUUCUAAUUCCCAGGUUCCACACCCAGAGAUGCAGAUCCAAUAGACCUAGGGUGGGACCCAGAAAUCUGCAUUUUUAAUGAGCUCCUAGGUGCGUAGUGAACCACACUUAGAAGAGAGAUGGUCUAAGAUGGUGGCUCUCACCCUUGGCUGCUCAUUGCAAAUUCCUGAAGUUUAAAAACCCAAAUGUCCAGGUCCCACUCCAGAACAGCCUGGCCCUGAGACCCAAAGCAUUAGUUUGUGAAGCUUCACAGGUGUUUCCAAUGUACAGGUGAGGCUAGGAAGCAUGGGCCUGAGGAGUGAGGAGGACACAGCUGAGCGGGAAACACCACUCUGUGGGCCAGAGGGCUGGGCCCCCCCACCCCCCCAGAUUCACAUAAGCACAGGGACCAGGACCCUGCCAGCCCUGAGGGUGACUGCUGGGUGGCCGCCUCUGUGCCCUUUCAGUCUGCCUUGCUCCUUUGAGAUACAAAUAUCAUGUUUCUGCUCCAGCUCCAUGCGUUGUUGGGCAGCAGUAUGCCGAAAGUGGGGGCUGAGGGGAACUUGGUUAAGAGAGGUUUUGUUACCUUCUCUCCUCCCCCCACGUCUUGUUCUCAGUGCUUUCUCCAAGCUGGCCUCCCAGGCUGUUCCCCUGUUUGUUUCCAUGCACUCUUGCGUUUGGCUGUUUUAUGUUAGUCUGUGCCUCUGUCCCCAAGGCCACGCAACACAGUAGUUGGGGCUCAGGUAGCGGGUGAAGGUGUGUGGUCGUCCUCAUGGCGGGAGCACAGUCACUUGCAGAUCCCUCACAGGAGGGCGUCACAUCCUGGGGAGAUCAAGCUCUCCGAGGCUUCCUUUGCCAAGGCCACCGUGGGGCUCCAGUCCCUGCUCUGGGCCCUCACCAUUCCCUCUUUGGGGUCAGGCAGGAUGGGCACCUAGAAGCUUCCUAGUUGAUUUCACCCUCUGGUGCUUGCAGCUCUGAAUCAGCCGAAGUUGUGGGCAGUGUCCUGCCCAGACUGUAGGCCCUGGCACCACUCCUCCUCAGGCAGGGCCAGUGUCUGGGCUCUGCAGACCCUGGGCUGUGAGGGGAGAGCAUGAACCCUUUGUGUUGAGAGCUGGGGGAGGGAGGAACUGGGAAGAUAAGGGGGAGGGGGGAAUGAACAGGGAAAGUGGGGUCUGCUUCUCCAUGAACCAGAAGGGAGAGAGGGUGAGGCCCAUUCUCAGAGGCAGGAAGGGCUCCCACCCACAAGCGUGCCCAGCACCCUCCCUACCCUGUCUGUGCCCACGUCCAAGCAAGGCCAAGGAAUUACGCUUUUCCACUCGCAGCUAUCCUUGAAUCGGCCCAUGCCAAUCCUCUGAAAAUCUGUCCCCCCGGAUUGGAAGCAAGAGAGGUGGCAGAGUCCCCCUGGCAUCAAGAUCCUGUGCCACGAGGCAGGAGGCUUGGAGGAAGAACGCAGGAGCAGAUGUGUCUUCCUGUCCCCAGAGCCUCUUUGGACUCCAGCUCGAUGCUGUGGACCACAUGGGAGAUUGCAGGAUGGGGACACUGGCCUUCCCGACGGGGGACCGGGACCUCUCCAUAAACUGCCUCGUCCCUUUUUUUUUAAUUCUGAUUCCCUUCCUGCUCCCACCCCUCUGCCAGGUGCAGAGAAGGUGGCUGGCCUGGGUGUGUUCCCCAACCACGGUAGCACUAGCUGAGUCACGCGGCGUGCACACUUGUAGCAGCAGCUCACCUGCCACCCAGAGCGCUUGGCUGGUGGAGUCCUCAUUGAGUGGUUUCAUUGCCGUGCAAAACCGAAUCAUGUCAUUCACCUUGACUAUAAACAAGCCUUUGAGACAUAAUAAACAGAACCUGAACCCGCUGC